AAAUAUUAUCACCACGAAUAAAAAACGAGUAGUUUGGUAACAAUCAGAUACAAUUCAUUUUUAAUCUUAAUACUAUCGCAGUAAGCUCUCUUAUCUAAUGAAAGAUAACAACAAUACAUGAUUUAGUUGUUUUGCACCAAAUUCCAAGUGCCAGUUUUGUUGAGGGCUUUAACCGUCGCGGACGGUUUUGUUAGAACCCAGUAUCGGCCUGAGGAUGGUGCAAGUGAGAGUGAGUGAGGGUUUGUUGGAGGGAGAGCGAGUGGACAACCCAUACGGAGGCUCCUACUACAGCUUCAAGGGAAUACCGUACGCGCAGCCGCCAGUCGGGGAUCUGCGGUUCAAGGCACCGCUACCUGCAAAAUCAUGGGAUGGAGUUCGUUCUGCCAAGGAAUUCGGGCCAAAAUCUUAUCAGAAUGACAUAUUUAUGAAUAUCGGCAGAGUCGGCGAAGAAGAUUGCUUGUACCUAAACGUGUACACACCUUCUAUCAAACCGGACAAGCCUUUACCAGUUAUGUUCUGGAUACAUGGAGGAGGUUUCUUCUGCGGUAGUGGUGACGAUGAUCUUUAUGGUCCAGAGCUACUUAUAAGAUAUGAUGUCGUACUUGUCACUAUCAACUAUAGAGUAGAUGUACUCGGCUUUCUUUGUUUGGACACAGAAGAUAUUCCUGGUAACGCAGGCAUGAAAGAUCAGGUACAGGCUCUUAGAUGGGUGAACAAAAAUAUUGCUAGCUUCGGUGGCGACCCCAAAAAUAUAACCAUAUUUGGUGAAAGUGCUGGCGGAGCUAGUGUCAGUUACCAUUUAAUAUCUCCGAUGUCUAAGGGCUUGUUUAAAAAGGCCAUAGCCCAGAGUGGAGCCUCUACUUGUCCCUGGGCUCAAGCUGUUGAGCCACGUGAAAGAGCUUUAGCCUUAGCAAGAAGCCUGGGAUUUUAUUCCGAGGAUGAUAAAGAGUUGUAUGAAUUUUUCAAAAACCAGCCGAUGGAAUCUAUAGUCGGCGUUCCUGUAUCGGUAGCAAUGUUUGAAGCAUUCAAGGGUGGAAUAGAUAUCAAUUUCACUGUUGUUAACGAAAAGAAAUUUGGAGAAACUGAGAGAUUCUUUUAUGGAGACAUGAUUGAUGCAGUGUCUAACGGUGUUCACGAAGGAGUAGAAAUCAUGACAGGGACCACCACAGAAGAAGGCCUCAUUGCUUUAGGAGACCUUGAAGAAACUAAGAAGGCUUUGAAAAUGGCAAGAACAUUCCCAGAGAUAUUUAUUAAUAAGUACGAAGCGUAUAAUUUGCCGUUGAAGCAACAGCUUAAAAUUGGGAAAGAAAUCAGAAAAUACUACUUCAAUGAUCUGGUGAAUAUACCAGAUGAUUGGGAUAAAUUGAUGAAUUUCCUUUCGAUGCAGAUGUUUGUGUACUCUACAAUGCAGUGGGUGAAGUACUGCAUUCAAGCGAAGAAGCACAAGCUAUAUAUGUAUAAAUUUUCUUGUAAAUCAGAGAGGAACGUCAUGUCUUUUUUGAGAGGGCAGACAGAAAUGUUGGGAAGCAGACGAGUUACUUGUCAUGCUGAUGAGCUGACUUACCUUUUUAACCCUAAACUGAUGCCAAAAAUGGACACUGCUUCACCGACAUUUAAAAUGGUGGAAAAAGUUUUGACGCUUUGGACAAACUUUGCUAAAUAUGGAAACCCAACGCCGGACGAUUCCCUGGGCGCUAAAUGGGCACCGUAUACCUUGGAGAACCAAGAAUACCUGGACAUUGGAAACGAACUGAAAGUGGGCACCGCGCCUGAUGCUGAGGAAACACAGUUCUGGGAUAAAUUAUAUGAAAAAUAUGGACAGCACAUUAGCGGCCUGAAGAUGCUGCAAAUAAGAGUGAGUGAGGGCGUGCUGGAGGGAGAGCGAGUGGACCACUACUACGGCACCUUCUACAGCUUCAAGGGAAUUCCGUACGCACAGCCGCCAGUCGGGGAUCUGCGGUUUAAGGCACCGUUACCUCCAAAAUCGUGGGAUAGAAUUCGUUCUGCCAAAGAAUGUGGGCCAAAAUCUUAUCAGAACGACAUACUCUUGAAUAUCGGGAGAGUCGGCGAAGAAGAUUGCUUGUACCUAAACGUGUACCUCAGUACCGGUUUGAGAAUGGUGCAAGUGAGAGUGAGUGAGGGCGUGCUGGAGGGAGAGCGAGUGGAUAAUCCCUACGGAGGUUCCUUCUACAGCUUCAAGGGAAUACCGUACGCGCAGCCUCCAGUCGGAGAUCUGCGGUUCAAGGCACCGAAGCCUCCAAAAGCUUGGAGCGGAAUUCGUUCUGCUAAGGAAUUUGGCCCGAAAUGCUAUCAAGAUGACCUGUUCAUGAACACUGGUAAAUAUGGUGAAGAAGACUGCCUGUACCUAAACGUGUACACACCUGAGAUCAAACCUGAUAAGCCACUACCAGUUAUGGUCUGGAUACAUGGAGGAGGUUUCUUCUGCGGUAGUGGUAACGAUGACCUUUAUGGUCCAGAGUUCCUUGUCAGACAUGAUGUCAUCCUUGUCACGAUCAACUACAGAGUAGAUGUGCUCGGCUUUCUUUGUUUGGACACAGAAGAUAUUCCUGGUAACGCAGGCAUGAAAGAUCAAGUACAGGCUCUGAGAUGGGUUAACAAAAACAUUGAUAGCUUCGGUGGUGACCCCAAAAAUAUAACCAUAUUUGGUGAAAGUGCCGGUGCAGGUAGCGUCAGUUAUCAUUUAAUAUCUCCGAUGUCUAAGGGCUUGUUUCAAAGGGCCAUAGCUCAGAGUGGAGCCUCUACUUGUCCCUGGGCUCAAGCUGUUGAACCUCGCGAAAGAGCUUUAGCGUUAGCAAGAAGCCUAGGAUUUUAUUCCGAGGAUGAUAAAGAAUUGUAUGAAUUUUUCAAAAACCAGCCGAUGGAAUCUAUAGUCGGCGUUCCUGUAUCGGUAGCAAUGUUUGAAGCAUUCAAGGGUGGAAUAGAUAUCAAUUUCACUGUUGUUAACGAAAAGAAAUUUGGAGAAAAUGAAAGAUUCUUUUAUGGAGACAUGAUUGAUGCAGUGUCUAACGGUGUUCACGAAGGAGUAGAAAUUAUGACAGGAACCACCACAGAGGAAGGCCUUAUUGCUUUGGGAGACCUUGAAGAAACUAAGAAGGCUUUGAAAAUGGCAAGAACAUUCCCAGAGAUAUUUAUUAAUAAGUACGAAGCGUAUAAUUUGCCCUUGAAGCAACAGCUUAAAAUUGGGAAAGAAAUCAGAAAAUACUACUUCAAUGAUCUGGUGAAUAUACCAGAUGAUUGGGAUAAAUUGAUGAAUUUCCUUUCAAUGCAGAUGUUUGUGUACUCUACAAUGCAGUGGGUGAAGUACUGCAUUCAAGCGAAGAAGCACAAGCUAUAUAUGUAUAAAUUUUCUUGUAAAUCAGAGAGGAACGUCAUGUCUUUUUUGAGAGGACAAACAGAAAUGUUGGGAAGCAGACGAGUUACUUGUCAUGCUGAUGAGCUGACUUACCUUUUUAACCCUAAACUGAUGCCAAAAAUGGACACUGCUUCACCGACAUUUAAAAUGGUGGAAAGAGUUUUGACGCUUUGGACAAACUUUGCUAAAUAUGGAAACCCAACGCCGGAUGAUUCCCUGGGCGCUAAGUGGGUACCGUAUACCCCGGAGAACCAAGAAUACCUGGACAUUGGAAACGAGCUGAAAACGGGCACCGCGCCUGAUGCUGAGGAAACACAGUUCUGGGAUAAAAUGUAUGAAAAAUAUGUACUGUGAUCUCACGGACAUUUUACUUAGGAUUUGGUGAAAGUUUAAGCCCCUUUAGGGGCGAAAUGUUAAUUACUAUUGGUCGUCUCUAUGGAAAUAGUAUCUAUAAGUAUUAUAUUCUUAGAUCAGUAAUAAGUUAAUAAUAUACGCAUAUAUUCCUUA